GGCCAUUCAAGUCGUACUCUGGUAAAUGUACAUGUGGAAGACGUAAACGAUAAUGCACCAAUAUUCUAUCCAGAAGAGUACAAUGUUUCGGUGCGUCAAAAUGCUGUAAUCGGUAGCCCGUUGGUACGUUAUCGAUUUGCAACCGAAGACAAUGGGAAUUUUCGAUUGGAUCCAAACUCCGGUCGUCUUUACUUGCAAAAAAGGUUAACCAAGAAAAGUUAUAAGCUCACGGUUGAAGCCGUCGAUGGAGGAGGAUUGGUCAGCGACAAGCAGGCUACUGUGCAUAUUAUUGUUAUUGGUGCUUCAACGCCAACACCUCAGUUCACGAGUACGUUGUAUAAAUUCACAAUAUCCGAGGAAACUCUACCCGGUAUCGAAAUUGGACAAGUGAAAGCUACAGGACCAUAUCCAGUAAGGUAUAACCUUUAUUCUGGAGAUCCAGAACAUCUGUUUGCUAUAAACGAGAGGAAUGGCCAGCUAAGUGUUGCUCGAUAUCUGGAUGCUGACAGAUGGGAUGAACUUUUACUUAAUGUACAGGUGAGCAUUAAUUAA